AUGGCUUCACCAUAUAGGCUACAUUUAUCCACUGCUCCUUCUAGGUAUGUAUGAUGUUCACUUUUAUUAUUUAAAACUUCCUCUCAUGUUUUCGUGAUAUUCUCCAAUUGAUUUCUAGUAAUGAGGAAUGGAUAAUAUCAUCUCUUCCCAGGAAAAGAAGGGAGAAAGCUACCCCCUGUUCUGGCUGUGAAGGAAAGGCGGUAGAUGGGAAACAACUUUGUACGGAUUGUCUCCAGAAGAUUGCCACUUCUUCCUCCGCUAUAUCAUCCCAAUCUCCAGACAUACUGGCCUGGAUUAGAAACGAGGUCGCUCAAGGCAUCUCUGCUACUAUGGAGGUAAGAAACUGGGUUGAGAAGAGACCCAGACAAAGGCUGGACUCCUCUAACUUAUCCGAUUCAGAUGUAUUGGAACCCUCUGGCGAAUUCGAGAUCUUGGACCAGGUAGAUUACUGUGAGAGUGAAAGUGAAAUGCUUUCUGAAUCCCUGGAUUACAAAUCAGUGGAUAAACUGAUUCUUAUGGUAAGCAAGACACUUAAUUCCUGAUGAUACACACACGGUGGAGGAAUCAGAUAAGCAUUUUGCUGAUCUGCAGAAACAAAAGCUGUCUUUCCCACUCCAUAGAGCAAGAGAUAGUGAUGUCGGAAUGGAAAAGACCGGAGAAACAUCUUCCCUUCCAGGCAAAGCUCUAUCCAUUAGAGGAAGAGACCUCUAGGAUGUGGAUAACCCCACCGAAGGUAGAUGCUCCUAUCUCAAGAGUGGCAAGAAAUGUGAUGUUACCUUUUGACAGUUCCGCUUCAUUGAGGGAACCUAUCGACCGCAAGUUGGAUAUUAAUCUAUCCAAGAUCUAUACUGCUGCAGGAGCUGGCUGUCACCCUGCUGUGGCCCUUACGGCAGUGUCCAGAUCCAUGAAGAGUUGGCUGAGAGAACUGGACUCUGAUGUGGAAAGAGGUGUCAAAAGACAAGAUCUCUGUGACACAAUUUGA